UGAAGAUGUUACCUCAACUGUGACUACAGAGUGAUCUGUAAGCUUGCAGUGUAUGCAAAUAUAGUGACAAUAGGAAUGUAUGAUUAAAAAAUCCAGCAGGUGGCAGCUAUAUUUGACCUGUGUGGAAAUUGUUCAUAAGCUAGCUAGUAUUGAUGAGAAUGGAUUAGGAACACCAUGCAUCAAGUUUUAUGUUUUGCAAGGAUCACUAGAAAAAUUGGAAAGUUUAAUAUAAGGUUACCAAACAAGAAUAAGAGUGGACCUACAGCUUUGUUUCAAAGGCUGAGUUCUGUGGAGUGUAUGGUUUCCAAUAAUGUGAUGCAUAAAAGCUUCAGUAUAUUUCGCUGGACUAAUGACAAGGACACAAAAGAAUCGCACCCUGGGUUUGAUGAAGUCAAACUUCCAAAUAGAUCAGAUGGCAAUAAAACAAACUGGCGCUGGAGACCGGCUCAUGUUGCAGCAUUUUUGGGUUUAUAUGAGUGCUUUCACAAUAAAAAGUUUAAGAAGGAUAUUAACCAUCAAAUGAAGAAUACUCAGUUAUCUCCCUUAAUGGCAGCCAUCUUAGGGAAGCACACACAGUGUGUGAGUGUUUUAUUGGAGCUGGGUGCCAGACUGGAUCUUCAGGAUCAGAAUGGAGAAACUGUAUACCAUUAUGCUGUAUCACAUCACCCUGAAGUCAUUCGUAUUUUAGCAAAGCAUGAUGAUCCCAAAGGUAGUGACAGAGUUAUAAACUACCUGAACAAGAAGGGUCUAACUGCCCUAGCCACUGCAUGUCAAAAGGGGAAACCCGAGAUUGUACAGUUAUUGCUGGAUGAAGAGGCCGAUCCAAAUAUAACUGGUCAGGACAUGUAUCCCAUCCAUUAUGCUGUUAAAAAUGGCGACACCAGGUCAGUUGAUGUUAUUUGUAAAAAGUUCAAAGACCAAUUGUCAAAACGAGAUAGAAAGUAUGGGGGUACUCCAAUGCACUGGGCUAGGAACAGACAGAUGAUUGAGAAAUUUUGUCGCCUGAAAGCUGACAUGAAUUUAAAGAGCAACACGGGCCACACUCCAUUACAUAUCAUGCAGGAGAAAGACAGAACAGAUUGCCUGAUAGAACUCUUGUGUUGGGGAGCGGAUCCAAGUAUCGGGAAUGAAGAAGGAAACACCCCAAUACACAUUGCUGUUCUUAAAGACGACGUAGAGAUGGUGAAAAUCUUUGUAGUGUGUGGUGCUGAUGUAAAUGUCAAAAACAAGAAAAACCAGAGUCCCAGACAUUUAGCCAGUGAACUAAAUAAUAAAAACAAAGAGCUGAUUUUGUACAUGUUACAUAUAUCGGGUGCCUUGAGGUGUGAUGAAAACAUGGAAAACUGUGAAGAUGGAUGUUCCAAGUCAGGAGAAGAAAAUGGAAAAGUUGAUGGAAACAUAAAUAAACUUUUAAAGAGUGACCAAAGUGGCCCAUUGGAUGAAAUGUUAUCAUCUGUGUUUGAUCCACUGGCACAAAUAGAUGGAUCAGAGAAAGACCCAGGAUACAGGAUUCUGUCCUUGGAUGGUGGGGGAAUCCGAGGACUUGUGCAGUGUCUGAUGUUGAUUGCCAUUGAGAAAGAGGUCGGAAAACCCAUCACAGAGUGCUUUGAUUGGAUAGCUGGAACAAGCACAGGUGGACUUUUAACUCUGGGAAUCUGCACAGGUAAGCCUCUGUCUUACAUGAGAGGAUUGUAUAUCAGACUGAAGGACGAGGUAUUCACUGGAUCAAGGCCGUAUGAAUCAGAGAACUUCGAGGUCUUGUUGAAAGAAGAAUUUGGAGAGGAGACUGUUAUGACAGAUUUAAGGAAACCAAGGGCUGUGGUGACUGCUGUACUAGCAGACAGACACCCAACUAAAUUACAUUUGUUUAGGACAUAUGAACCAACAUUGGAGCAGCUUUAUGAUGCUAAAAGUGGAUAUCAAAGGAACGGCAGCACAGAUAAGAAAGAUGACGUAGAUUCAGAGGAGGGAAAUGAAGAAAUAUACUGUCCAGCUAAACCCGGUGAACAAAAAGUAUGGGAAGCUGCUCGUGCCACUGGAGCAGCUCCGACCUACUUCAAGGCUUUCGGUCCAUACAUUGAUGGAGGAUUAGAAGCCAACAAUCCGGCUUUGGAACUUUUGUCUGAAAUACAUGAAUUUAACUGUGGAUUAAAAUUAAAAAAUGAGUCCCAGUUGGUUCGUCCGAUCGGCGUGAUGGUUUCCCUCGGUACGGGACAGGUACCCGUUCGUCCAAUUGACACUGUUGAUGUCUACAAACCAGAAGGGAUCUUUGAUGUAACGAAGAUAGCACAUGGAAUCCAAAACCUGAUUAAUGUCAUGGUAGACAAGGCCACAAUUGCCGAGGGUCGUCCUGUAGACAGAGCCAGAGCGUGGUGUGGUACACUCGGAGUGCCAUUUUAUCGAUUCAGUCCACCAAUAACAGCAGUAGAAAUGGAUGAGCAUGACAAUAAGAAACUUACUCAAUUAAUGUGGGAAACACAGUGUUACAUUGUGGCUAAUCAGGACAGAAUUAAAAAGUUGGCUUCAUUUCUAAGACGAGAUCCAUAGCAAAUAUUUUAUUAUAACUCCCCCCUUGAAAACCGAGAAGUAUAUAGAUGUAGUGAUGGGGGUGUCCGUCCUACCGUAGUCCUUCUGUACAUCUUUCCGUACGUCCGUAACACUUGGGGCAUCCUUUUAUAUAACAUGCGGAGUGCCCAUGUCUUGUUCGCAACUCUUCCUGUACCACUGAAAAAAUUAAUGAGACUUUCAUAGAAUCCUUAUUACAUAAUGCCAUCGUGCGCCUUCUACUUUUUUUCUUCAAUCGGGUAGAUAAAUAGGGUUACCGAUAGCAAAAUAUGGACACUGCCAUUCUUUCUAUUACAAGGGAAUACUCAUCUCUUAUCUGCAACUCUUAUACCGCUGAAUACUAGUAAAAUUUAAUGAGACUUUCACAGAAUCUUUAUUACAUAAUGCACGUCCUAUUUUAUUUUCUGAUCGGGCAAAUAAAAAGGGUUACGCAAGGCAAAAUAUGGACACUGCCAUUCUUUCUGUAAGAUAGGGGGUAUCCAUCUCUUAUCCGCAACUCCUCCUAAACCAAUGGAUGAAAUUUAAUGAGACUUUCAAAGAAUCUUUAAUACAUAGUGCCGUUAUGCACCUCCUUUUUUUCCAUCAGGUAGAUAAGUAGGAUUUCCCAGAGGAAAACAUAGACAUUGUCAUUCUUUUCAUAACAUUGGGAGUACCCAUCUCUUAUCCAAAACUCCUCCUAUACCACUGAAUAAAAUUCAAUGACACUUUCUCAGAAUCUUUCUUAUAUGAUGCCAUUGUACUCCUUCUAUUCUUUUUUCUUAUCGGACAGAUAUCUGAGGUUUCCCCAUGCAAAACUUGGAAUAUAAAACUUGCCAAUAUACCCAUAUAGGAGCGGAGGGUAUAAUUUUGUGAGCUAAUUGCUCACACUUCCGCUAGAUAUUUUUAUAGGUUUGGAAAUUCAGGCAAAUCGUGCUGUUAUUAACGUUUUCUUGUGCAUUAAAAAAAUAAUUGUAUCAUUUCAUGAGUUUGUGGUU